GGCGCGCGCCCAGGGGAGCGGAGCCGUGAGGCCGCGCAGCUGCGGGCCGGCGGGGGGCGCCGCCCGCCAUGGACCACAAGCCCCUGCUGGGGGAGCGGCCGCCCGCCUACAACCUGGAGGCCGGCCAGGGGGACUUCGCGUGCGGCCCGCCGGGCUACGGCGCCAUCCCCUCGGCGCCCCCGCCGCCGCCGCCGCCGCCCUACCCGUACCUCGUCGCAGGGAUGCCCACUUCGCAACCUCGGGUGUACAACAUCCAGAGUCGGAACGUCACCAGGUAUCCCAUCAAUUCCAUCGUGGUCGUCGGAGGCUGCCCCGUGUGCAGGGUCGGCGUCUUGGAGGAUUCCUUCACUUUCCUGGGCAUCUUCUUGGCCAUCAUCUUGUUCCCCUUCGGGUUCAUCUGCUGUUUUGCCCUAAGGAAGCGAAGAUGCCCCAACUGCGGAGCCACCUUUACUUAGAGGGGUCUCCGCCCCGGCUGUCUCUUCCUGAUGUACAUGUGUGGACAGUCACUUUCUGGUGAAGCUUCAGACUGCUUGGGAGCAUGUGGUGGGGUUUGUGGCACUUGCCAGCCCAGGGGUCCCGAAGUGGGGACACACAGCAGCAGUGUCCCAGGGCUCACGACAAUAAAACACUGCUUUUAUUUUUUGCAGUCUUCAAUUUGAGAAAGGUGAGAAAUAUUGUUUUAAAUAAAUGCGAUUCGUACCACUGCCGAA